UUCCAAAAUGGCGGAGUACGAUCUGACCACCAAGAUUGCACAUUUUUUAGAUCGACAUUUGGUCUUUCCGCUGCUGGAAUUUCUUUCUGUCAAGGAGAUCUACAAUGAGAAAGAACUUCUCCAAGGAAAGCUGGAUCUUCUCAGUGAAACGAACAUGGUGGACUUCGCCAUGGACGUCUAUAAGAACCUUUAUCCUGACAAAGACAUUCCACAUUCCUUAAGGGAGAAAAGAACCACAGUGGUUGCCCAGCUGAAGCAGCUCCAGUCUGAGACUGAACCCAUAGUGAAGAUGUUUGAAGAUCCAGAGACUCAGAGACAAAUGCAGUCCACCAGAGAUGGGAGGAUGCUGUUUGAAUAUUUAGCAGACAAACAUAGUUUUCGUCAGGAAUAUUUGGAUACGCUAUACCGUUAUGCCAAAUUCCAGUAUGAGUGUGGCAACUACUCGGGGGCUGCGGAGUAUCUCUACUUCUUCCGUGUGCUAGUUCCCUCCACGGACAGGAACGCUCUGAGCUCUCUCUGGGGAAAACUGGCAUCCGAGAUCCUCAUGCAGAACUGGGAGGCGGCCAUGGAGGACCUGACCCGUUUACGAGAGACCAUCGACAACAACUCGGUGAGUUCCCCUCUUCAGUCGCUGCAGCAGAGGACGUGGCUCAUACACUGGUCUUUGUUUGUGUUCUUUAACCACCCCAAAGGCAGAGACAACAUCAUCGAGCUGUUCCUCUAUCAGCCCCAGUACUUGAACGCAAUUCAGACCAUAUGCCCCCACAUUCUGCGCUACCUGACCACGGCCGUCAUUACCAACAAGGACGUGAGGAAACGACGACAGGUCCUUAAAGACCUGGUCAAAGUCAUCCAACAGGAGUCAUACACAUACAAGGAUCCCAUCACAGAGUUUGUGGAGUGCCUCUAUGUUAACUUUGAUUUCGACAGCGCCCAGAAAAAACUGAGGGAGUGCGAGUCGGUGCUGGUGAACGACUUCUUCUUGGUAGCCUGCUUAGAGGAUUUCAUUGAAAACGCACGUCUGUUCAUCUUCGAGACGUUCUGCCGGAUCCAUCAGUGCAUCAGCAUCAGCAUGUUGGCAGAUAAGCUGAAUAUGACCCCCGAGGAGGCUGAGAGAUGGAUCGUAAACUUGAUCCGCAAUGCCAGACUGGAUGCCAAAAUCGACUCCAAACUGGGUCACGUGGUGAUGGGCAACAACGCAGUGUCGCCGUAUCAACAAGUGAUCGAGAAGACCAAGAGCCUGUCGUUCCGCAGUCAGAUGCUGGCCAUGAACAUCGAGAAGAAGAUCAGUCACAGCAGCAGGAACGAGACACCGAACUGGGCGGGUCAAGAAACUGGCUUCUAUUAGACCGGAAGCACAAGGCAAAGAGUGGAUUUAUUGUUAUACUCCUCAACCUCAUCUUAGUAUUUAACUAACAUCUUUUAUCUAGCCGUGUUUUAUAAUAGGAUUAUUCUACAAAAGACUGUUGUGAACAUUUCCAGCAUGACAAAGCUAUGGCGUUUUGGGAUGCUGCUGUAAAUGAUGUAUUCUCUAUGAAGGAAGGAUUUUACCAGGCAAGUUUUUUAUGAAUUAUUCCAGUUCUGUUUAAUCUCAAAGAACAUUUUUUUUGUUUACACCACAAUAAACAAUGAAAGUGUGUUUUUGAACACAUUUUCAAGGAUCCUAUAAUAUACUUCUGAAAUCUUAAAUGGUCAAAGGUAAAGUGUGUAAUUUUGUCAUUAUUGGGCUUUCCAAACUAUUGUUUGGUCAAACACGUCCUGCUCCAAGCUGGUGUUUGUCUUGUGAGACAGUUUUUUUGUGGACACUAAAAUUGGGAUGGGAGAAACUACACACUUCACUUUUAAUUCUCUUAAUUUUUCACUCCAUUGCCAUGGUUCCUACUUCCUACAGUACUGGAAUAUUAGAGAAUUUGAAAAUGUGUGACUUUCAGGCCUGGAAAAGUUAUGCAAAAGAAUAAUCUUGGACAUUUUUGUGAAUAGUGUUAAAAAAUUUGGGGCCGGUAAGAUUUUGUAACUUUUUGAAAGUCUUAUGCUCACCAUGGCUGAAUUUAUUUGAUCAUAUUGUAAAAAAAAAAAAAUCAGUAAAAUUGUGAAA